AUGUAUGGACUUUCUAAGAAGUGGGACCUGCUCCUUGGCGGUAAUGCUGUACUGCGAAUACAUGGAAGGUUUUAUGAAUGGUAUCACGCCCUCAGAGGCGGCACUGCUCACUCGUGGGGCGUCUGGUUGCCGCCGGCGCCAUCGGUUAUUACUGCUGCUCCCAUCCUCGCCAUAUUUGGUGGACUCUUCUUACAUUGCCUUGACUUCGUCAACGGUGUUUAA